UAUUAUAAUUAUAGGUAUUUCUAACAGUUCUUGGGAAACACUUUAAGUCAACAUAAAUAUUUAAAUACUCGGUAUAUUGAUUUGUACGCAGAAUAAGGAUGCUUUUAAGAAGGACUAAAACACAUGAGUUUUUGUCAAUAUUGUGUAGGCACCGAAGAGAUGGACGUAGUAAAUAAGCCAUACUACGAUCUUACCAGAUAUAUUAUAAUUUUAACAGGUUUAAGUGUACAUCAUCCGAAAUGGCUCAAUUUUUUAUUAAAAUCAUUUACUUUUUUUACUAUUUUUUCUUUUAUAUGUCUUCAGAUUGCAGGAUUAAUAAAAGAAUUCGGAAAUAUUGACAUGGUAUUGCAGUGCGUUACACCAGUAUGUUAUACUUCAAUGGCUGCAAUUCUUUACACAAAUAACAAUAUGAAAAUAAAACAAAUAAACGCUGUUUUUGGAAAAAUGCAAAAUGAUUGGGACACAUUAACAUCAGAAAAUGAAACUAUUAUUCUACACAAAUAUGGCAGAAAGUGCAAAAUUUUCACUAGCAUAUAUACUUUUGCUUAUUUGGGACAUGGAUUUUUCUACUAUUUAUCACAUGGCAUUCCCAUGAUAAUUAUCAUUAUGAGAAACGAUGGUACACCUAAGCCGCUUAUGUUUUUUAUUGAGUGUGGUUUAAAUUCACAAGAAUACUAUGUCGUCAUAAUACUUUAUAGUUAUGUAGUUGGUUACGUUGCUAGUUAUGCGAUUGUAAAUGGAGGUACAAUUCUUAUAACGUUUCUUGAGCAUGCUUGUGGAAUAUUUGACAUUUUAGGACAAAAAUUGACUACUGCCGUAAAAGAAUAUCCUGAUUCUAUUAAUAAAAUUAGUUCUCAAAAAAAGCUCCAUCGGGAAAUUAAACUUUGUGUGGCAAUGCACAGAAAAGUUCUACUAUUUAUCAAUGAUAUUCAGAAUACUUUUUCAACUUCGUAUCUUCUUGUCUUUGGGCUCAGUGCAAUUUUGUUAAGCGUCACGGGAGUCCAAUGUGUGAUGAGUUUAAAAAAUUCUGGGGAUGCAUUAAGGUUUGGAUGUUACGUAAUAUUUCAAGUGUUUAAUAUUUUCUGUUUAACUCUACCAACUCAGCAUUUACUGGAUAACAGCCUUAGUCUUUCUAACUCAAUAUACAAUGCAGAUUGGUACCAUUUGACAACUGAAACAAAACAAUUGUUAAUCAUAAUAAUGAGAAAAGGAUCUGAACCAACUACAUUUGUCGUUGGCAAAAUAUUCGUACUUUCAUUACAGUUUUUUACAAAGGUUCUCCAAACAUCAAUGUCCUAUUUUACUGUAUUGAUGUCUGUACGAGAAUAAAAUGAAAUAUUGACUUUUCUAUUUCUGUUAUAUGACACUAAUAUAUAAAUGUAAAUAGGUUUUUUUAAAUCUUUAUUAGUAGAAAAAAUGUUUAGAGCAUCACAAAAUGUAUAAAAUCAAAAUGUGGAAUUAAUAUAAUUAUAUUGUAUUAAUAAAUGUAUAAGUCA